GAAUAUAUAUUCAAGGCAGGAAAUUACCCAGCAGUCCCCAUCCACUACCCCACUCGUGCUAAAAUACGCCGCCGGCGUUUUUCUCACUCUACUCCUCCACCUCUCUCUCUCUCUCUCUCUCCCCUUCACCCUCAAGCUCUCUGUAUUCCCGUUAUUCCUCUGAAUUUUCAAAUUUCACAAAUAAUUAAAUAAUUUAAUUGAGAAAAAAAAAAAAAAAAAUCCAAAACCCCACAACCACCGCCACAUCAUCCGUUCACGUUUAACACGCCACCACCACCACCACCAUAAAGCACCACCCCCGCUCCGUCGCCACGUGGCGGGAAUUCGAAUUUGAUUCCUUCUGGGAGCGGAAAUCCGAUGCGGGAAAUUCUCCGCAUUUUCGCGUAAAAGUACAAAUUGGUGGGUGAAGGGGGGCCAAAGUCGAGAACAAAAAAAAUUGGGGAGUUGGAUGCCUGAAUUUAAUGCAUUGAGAGGGGUUUCAGCAUAAACAAAGGGGGUAUCGCGGUAUCGGGUUCGAUUCUAGGUUGUCAAAUUGGUACUGUUGCUUGAAAUUCCUUUUCAGCUCGUAGGGCAAUGGCUAUUUAAUACGAUGAUGCGUAUCGCCAAAGGGCGUCCAUUUUCACUCUGCGUCUCCUUAUUUUCAUUACCCUCAGCCUCCUCAUUUUCUUCGACGAUUUUGCGUUUUCGCUCUCGAGCUUUUUGUUCUCCGAUCGCCGACCAGUUUCGCAGUAGAAGGAAGGUUUAUCUUACUAGAGAGUCAAGUAAUAAUCAACUUAAUACCAGUUACGUUAUGGAUAGCAAAACAAUGCCGUAUGAAAAGACUAGCAGCAUCGAUGGCGACGAUAAGCAUCCUCAUGUGUGGUCUUCUCCAGAAGGAGGACAAAGGAUUGAUAUAGGAAAACAAAUCUUCUGCAAUAGAUCUCUAAACAUGAGGAGUAUAGUUGCAGUUGGAUUCGAUAUGGACUAUACUUUGGCCCAAUACAAACCAGAUACAUUCGAAUCACUUGCCUAUGUAGGCACUGUCAAGAAGCUGGUUAAUGAUUUGGGAUACCCUACAGAGUUGCUGGAAUGGUCGUUUGACUGGACUUACAUGGUCAGAGGACUAGUUCUAGAUAAAAAGAGAGGAAAUAUACUGAAGAUGGAUCGACACAAGUAUGUAAAGGUGGCUUACCAUGGAUUCAGAGAGCUGUCGAAGGAAGACAAAGUUGCCACAUAUGGAAGUACAUUGAUCCGCGAUGCGUUUGACGAGCCUGAAUAUGCUCUAAUUGAUACCCUUUUCUCUCUAGCUGAAGCUUACUUAUUUGCGCAACUCGUUGACUUUAAGGAUAAGAAUCCGGGAAAAAUUCCAGCAGAUUAUUCUCGUAUGUAUAAAGAUGUUCGAGCUGCAGUUGAUUUGUGCCAUCGCGACGGGACAUUAAAGAAGAUGGUUGCAAAAGAUCCUAAAAGAUAUAUCAAUGAGGAUUCCUCAAUUGUUCCCAUGCUGAAGAUGCUUAGAGAUUCUGGUCGUGCUACAUUUCUGGUGACAAACAGCCUAUGGGAUUAUACGAAUAUUGUAAUGAACUUCCUGUGUGGACCAAGAGCAGUGGAUGGUUGCUCCGAUUUGAAUUUUGAUUGGCUUCAGUUUUUCGAUGUUGUUAUUACUGGCAGCGCAAAACCAGGUUUUUUCCAUGAUGAAAACCGUGCUAAUCUUUUUGAAGUUGAUCCUGAAUCGGGUAUGCUUCUCAAUACAGAUAAUGGAACUCCUAUGCCUCAGGUAGAUACUGCUCUAAGGUUACCAUUGAAGACCCUAGACAAAGGUUGCCAAAUUUUCCAGGGAGGAAAUGUUGGCCAUCUGCAUAAAUUACUGUCCAUAGAAUCAAGCUCCCAGGUACUUUAUGUUGGAGAUCACAUCUAUGGAGAUAUUUUGCGCAGUAAAAAGAUUCUAGGUUGGAGAACAAUGCUUGUUGUUCCGGAGCUUGAGAAGGAAGUUGAACUUCUCUGGACAUUCAGAGAAACUCGCAAGCACCUUCAAUUACUGAGGAAUAAACGUGACCAUAUUGAAGACACAAUACAUCAUCUCCAGUGGUCUAUGAGGUUCGAUGGUGUGAAUAUUGAGAACAAGGAGGAGCUACUAGCUGAGAUUGCCCAAUUGCAGUCGCAACAGGAGCGAGUGCGGCUCAGUCAUCAAGAAGCACAACGAGAAUGCCAUCGAAAGUUCCACAAGGUAUGGGGACAGCUGAUGAAAACUGGCUAUCAGAAUUCUCGGUUCGCCCAUCAGGUGGAGAGAUUUGCUUGUCUGUACACUAGCCAAGUGACGAAUCUGAGCCUCUAUUCUCCAGACAAAUACUAUCGACCGAGUGAAGAUUUCAUGCCCCAUGAACUUGAUAUCCUUGCUUCAUGAAAAUACAUUUUGUCUGUGGAGACUCUCCUGGUUUUCUUCGUAGAAAAAUACUUAAAAUCCAGUUGAACGAUAGUUGCCAUCUUAGAAUGUUUCACAUUCGCUGAAGAUGUAAAUAGUUAAUGACUUUUAUCUUCAAACCAAAUGCAGUAAUAGUCGUACUCUCGUAAUGUUUGGUAACGUUUUUGGCUUUCUUUCCGCUGUUUUCCCAAACUGAAUUCAUGUUCGUUAAUUAUUAAAAAAAAUAU